AUGGCCGAGCUGCGCGCCCACCCGGCGUUUGUCGCGCUGCCGCCCGCGCACCGCGUGCUUCCCGCCACGGCGUCCGACCUGCGCCUGUACCGGCAGGACUCGGACCAGUGGUGGGCGUGCCACGCCGGCCGCAUCAGCACGAGCGCGUGCGCCGCCUGCCUCGGGGUGUACGAGGAGCGGUCGGCGAAGGAGCUCGGCGUCCCGCCCUCGCUCCGCGGGCACGGCAAGGCGCUCGACGCGCACGCGCGCCUCCAGGCGCCGCUCCUCGCCGACUACGCGCUCCUCCGGGACGCGGCGGGGAAGGUAGACUCCGCGUCCGCCGACGCCGACGACGGCCACGGGGCGGUGUGGCGCUCGCGGCCCGCCUCGUCGGCGGGGGCGGUGCCCUUCCAGCGCGAGUACGUGCCUCGGCGGUCGCGGCGGGCGGAGGGCGGGACGCCGUACCGUACCGUCGGCCAGGUCCGGAUGGCGUGGGGCAAUGCGCAGGAGGCGACGUCCGUUCUCGCCGCGGCAAACUACCUCUGGGCGCGCAACGCCACCGUGGAGGAGGCGGGGCUGCAGCCGCUCGAGGCGCUGCCCGAGAGCGUGCUGGCGGCCCUGCCGCCCGGCCUCCCUCCCAUCGGAGCGAGCCCGGACGCAAUCGUGCGCUGGCCCGACGGCUCCGUCGAGCCCUUCGAGGCCAAGAACCACGCGCCGUUUGCGACGUGCCGCGCGCCGCAGCCCUGCUUCGAGGUGCGGGACCCGGGCCCGUUCGACGGCGUGGCGGUGUGGCACGUGCCUCAGCUCUACCUGCACAUGCUCUGCUUGGGCGAAGCGUGCAGCUCCGCCCUCUUCCUCUCCUGCUCCGCCACGAAAGGCGCCAACCUCUUCCGCCUGCGGCGGGACACGCAGCUGCAGGGGCUCGUCCUCAAGUUCGUGGCGCGCUUCGCCGACCGCCACGGCGCCGGCCAGCCGCCGCCGCCGCCCGACCACUUUUGGGGCUGCCGCGAGUACGCGUCGCUGCUCGAGGGCCUCUCGCGCGCGAGCCGCGAGGCGGUCGAGCUCGUCGCGCACAUCCCGCACGCAGAGAUCCAGAGAGGGCCGGAGGCGCCGCUCUUCUUGUGA